GGACGGGACGUCGGUGAUGAGCGGCGUGGAAAAUAGAGAAAUUGAAUUUUACUGCGCGAUUUUAUCGUUAUGAAGACGCGAUGACCGAUUGGUCAGGCAGUCGUUUACGAAAGCGUGCCGAUGAAACAACUAUUUACUACAACAAUACUUUUUGUCCUCAUCCGUCACUCCGAUGACUCCGAUUGGCCGUCGUUGAUCGCGAGUGCUCCCCUCCUACUUCCGGCGCAUGUGCGCGAGUGACGUCAUAUCAGCUGAUUACUGCAAUUGGUAUGAGCGGUCCACGAGAACGGUCCACGCUCGGAGGAGGAGUCGUUCGUCGAGUGUAGGGGCACAGAUUUUGACCGCGAGGUGUUUGAUUCUCCGGAGUAAGUAAACCGUGUGUUUCCUCGCCGCGAGUAAUCCGUUUUAAAAAUCGCAGCCGCGACGAACAAUGCGCCUGGCGGCUCUCCUGAGCGCGAUAAUCGUUCUCUCCCUCGCCGCGCGACCGGCCGGAUCCUGGCACGUCAAGACGAAACAGAUAUCGCCAGUUAUUUUGGUUCCAGGUGAUGGCGGCAGCCAGGUCAACGCGAAGAUUAACAAGUCGUCGGUGGUGCAUUAUAUCUGCGCGAAAAUAUCCGACGAUUACUUUAACUUAUGGCUCAACAUGGAACUGCUCGUACCCGUCGUGAUAGACUGCUUUAUCGAUAAUCUUAAAUUGAAUUACGACAAUGUGACGAGAACUACCAGCGAUCAGCCUGGAGUGGACAUACAGAUACCGGGAUGGGGCGAUCCGUUUGUAGUCGAGUACAUAGAUCCCAGCAGGGCCUCGCCAGGCUCGUAUUUCAAGGACAUCGGAAACAUGUUGGUAAACGAGCUGGGAUACAUCAGGAACUUGUCGCUGCGCGGCGCGCCUUACGACUUCAGGAAGGGACCUAGUGAAAGCGAGGAGUUCUUUGCCAAGCUGAAAGAGCUGGUCGAGGAAACGUACGUAAUGAAUAACAAUACGCCAGUGACGCUGCUAGCUCACAGCAUGGGCGGACCUAUGAGUCUCAUAAUGUUACAACGUCAGACUCAAAAGUGGAAGGACAAAUAUGUAAAUUCCCUGAUCACACUUAGCGCUGUAUGGGCAGGAUCCAUCAAGGCUGUCAAAGUAUUUGCCAUCGGCGAUGACUUGGGCGCAUAUUUUCUUCGUGAGAGUGUACUAAGAAACGAACAGAUAACGAGUCCAAGUCUCGGAUGGCUGUUACCCUCGAAACUAUUUUGGAAAGAUACAGAGAUUUUGGUGCAGUCGGAUAAGAAAAACUACACGUUGAAUGAUUUACAACAAUAUUUUAUAGACAUAGACGUUCCUAACGCUUGGGAGUUCAGGAAAGACAAUGAAAAAUACCAGUUGGAUUUUUCAGCACCUGGUGUUGAAGUACAUUGCUUAUACGGCAGCAAAGUAGACACUGUAGAAAAGUUGUAUUAUAAGCCAGGUACAAGUGUAAAUGGUUAUCCUCAAUUAAUUGUUGGAGAUGGCGAUGGAACGGUUAAUAUAAGGAGUUUGGAAGCGUGUACACGUUGGCAGCAAUCGCAGAAACAAAAAAUUUACAAUCAAGGUUUUCCCGGAGUGGAUCACACCGAGAUCUUGAGAAAUCAUGACAUUUUAGCGUAUAUUAAGUCAGUUUUAAAAGUGUAAUAUGAUUUUUAUUGCUAAACUAAAUGAGAAGCAAAAGAAUGUAAUAGAUUAGCUAAUCGAAUUCUUUUAUCAUUUUUUACUUUGAUAUUCUUUAUAUAAAUUAAUAUCCAAAAUGCAAUAUAAAAUAAUUUUAACAAGAUAUUAAAUUAAGAUUCCACGAAGUAAUUUAACCAAGUAAUUUCAUCGAUAUAUAUUCUUAAUAAUUUAUUAAUAAAAAGAAUACCACAAUGUGUAAUUGAAAAUAUAUUUUUAUUAACUACAUUGUUCAUUAAAAUAUAUCAUUACAUUAACAUACCAGCAAAUAUCAAUUGGGAAUAUUGUAAAGUGGUGCAGUUUUACAAAAAACAUUUUUUCUAAAUGUCAAUACUUCCACUCAUUAACUGGCUAUGCUCUCAUCCUAUAAAUAUAAUACUUUAUCUCCUCCUUACGCGUAUAUUUUUAUAUGCAGUAUAUAUUAUCAAUUUUUACCUUGCAUGAUCUCACAUGAAACAAAGAGUGAUCAGGUUAACAUGACUAGCGAUACAUAGUAAUAAUAAUAUCCUAUAUAUAUAGUGUUUCUGUAUUGUAUAGUAACGUAUUUUUUAGUGGCUGAUGCAGCACAAUUAGAGUAACAAUGAAAUCCCGAGUUUCAUAGUCUACUAGUCACAAAUUGAAUGUAUUAUAAAUAUGUACCAAUGUUAUAUUUACACUGAUUGCAAUAAACACUCAUGACAAUGUAGAAUAAUAUUUAAUACUUAAGAAAUUUAAUGUAAAAAGCAUUCCCUUAAAUAUCAACGAACGUUAAAUUUUUAAAAUGUUUACAACUUUAAGAUUUUCUUAGUAGUAUCCACAGAUAGCUUGUAUCUCUUUUGGCAUAAAUAAAUCCGUAAAUAUAUAGACUUAUAAUAAACAUUUAUCAGAGCGCAUUAAAGUUUCUACAAAAUUACAUUCGUGUAUAAAAUGGUGAAAAAUAAAUAUCUUACAUAAAAUG